AUGGACCAUAUACCUUUAGGUCCUUUGAGGACAAGGGCUCUCCCAAGACCAUCGGCUCGACUCGUAGCACCUGAUAUCCCUCCCGUUCGCGUCACUGAGACGAUCUCCUACUUUGGUCAGAACCUUGUGGGCAAGAUCUUCAUACCAAGUUUCCUUACUGAGAAGGGCAAAUUCAUCACCUUUCGUCAUGCCGAGGUUAUCGAGAAUGCAGAGCUGGGCGAGGUUCUAUUGGAUUGGUCACCCAAGUUUACCUUUCAUCGCUUCCCAUAUGUAGAGGUCGAAGGAUGGCCCAGCGGUGGUCCCACGCCCGAUGACGUCCAAGCUUUAGUGCUUCAUCCCGAUAUGGAGCGCCGAGGAUUCUUCGAGUGCUCCAACUCUUAUGUGAACCAACUACACAAGAAUAUCGUCUGGUCAUUGCGCCGCAACCUUCUCUCACUACCUGCAGACUGCCCGCAGCGAGAUGAGCGUCUCGGAUGGACCGGCGAUCUGCAAGUAUUGUGCCCAACAGCAACAUACCUCUAUGACACCCUGGGUAUACUCAGUAACUGGCUGCAAGAUGUAUCACCUGAAAAACUGGAGGAAGGGAAGGCCGGUAUACCUCCUCUUGUAUGUCCCAAUGCCAUCAGUUCCAAUUGGCCUUAUAUGGCUCAGGCGAUCUGGGAUGAUGUCACUGUCCUAGCUCCAGGCGCUUUGUAUCAGUAUAGCUCUGAUAGAGGCCUAUUGGAGAGGCAGUUCGAGAGCAUGUAUGCUUGGCUAGAACGGGGUGUUGGUAGGGCUCUAGAUGGCCUUUGGAAUCCUGAUAGGUGGCAGCUGGCAGAUUGGUUAGACCCCAGUGCACCGCCGGAAGAUCCUGGAAACGGGCGAACUGACAAUAUCCUUGUUGCGAAUGCUUAUCUUGUUUAUGCAACACCGGUGUUUUCUAAGUUAAGCUCUGUCCUAGGAAAAACGGAGCUUGCUGUUAAAUAUGCACAAGAUGGGGAGCGACUCAAGGCCCUGUUCCAGCGAAGGUAUAUCACAGCAGAAGGGAACCUCACGUCAACAUCGCAAACGGGUCUUGGUAUCGCUAUCAGAUUCGGACUCUAUCCCGAGAACGAGGAACAACGCAGAACAGCUGGAGAAGCUCUCGAUUGUCUGGUUCGCACUGCUCGCUUCCAUAUCAGCACCGGUUUCGCUGGAGCUCCAGUUAUCUCCCAUGCGCUAUCUGAGAUUGGCUGUUCACAACUGGCAUAUCGCAUGUUGCUCGAGACCACAUGCCCUAGUUGGCUAUACGCUGUAGUAUCGCACGAUGUAACUACUGUAUGGGAACGCUGGGACAGUAUGCUACCCGAUGGUCGCAUUAAUCCCGGCCAAAUGACGAGUUUUAACCACUAUGCUCUUGGCGCAGUAGGCGAUUGGCUCCAUAAGACAGUCGGUGGUAUCUCGCCUCACGAGCCCAGCUGGCGCAUUAUUCGGGUGCGCCCCAUUCCCGGAGGGAACAUCACUAGUACCAAGGUAUCAUUCAAUGGACCUUAUGGGCUUGUUGCGUGCGAAUGGAGACUUGAAGGUCAACGGUUUACUAUGUCGUUGACUAUCCCUCUUAACUGCUCGGCCCUAGUAACUUUGCCUUCAGAAGUGCGAAAAGACUUUAGCUGCGACGUGGAGGCAACGCGAAUUCUUUGCCCUGGUUAUCACGCGCUGGAAUGUCAAUUUAAUGCUGGGGAAUGGCCGCCUAAGCCGAUGGUUGCUGCAAAUCAGCCCAUGCCUGUAGAGAGUAUCGCCGGGUAG